UAAUGAAAAUUUAUGCUCUUUUAUGUAUAAUCGCAAUAGUGUAUUGCACAUAAACUACAAAGUAAUGAUAUCAAAAAUAUGAUAAAGCUAGGCAAGUAUGUUUGAUGAAUAGCUGGGAUAAUUGAGUAAAAGUAAAUUAGGAAAAACUAUAUUAAACAUGAUAUCAUUGCAAUAAUUUACAGAAGUUGAUUUUAGUCCAUUAUUUACAGCUAUAGAUGACAUAGUUGCAUCAACAUAAUAAGCAAAAUAAGAUGAGGCUGAAUAAUUAGAUUCUUAUUUUUAAUAAUUCUUAAGUGAUUCAGAGUUUUAUUCAAAUCAAGUUACAGAAUAUAGUACAGAAGUAUUUAGAUUAAUAUUUAUUUAAGGUUGCAUAACAUUAAAGUGAUAUUACAACAUUCAAAAAAGACAGAAACAGUUUAUAAUAGUCUUUAUAUGAUAAAAAUCAAUAAUUAAGUGAUUCAUAAAGAAAUUAAGCAUAAUUGCAAAGAACAGUUUAGAAUAAUGAUUAAGCAUUAUCAAAGAAAACUGCAGAAUAUGAUUAAUCAAUUUCCAUAGUGGAUUAGGUUAUAGCAAAAUUAUAAUUAAUCAAAUGUAAUACAAUAUUUUAUCAUAUUUAUAGAGUCAUCUUUUAUUGAAGUGAAUUAAGAGGAUUUAGCUGUUUCAGCUGCUACAUUUUCAAGAAGAUUGGGUGAAGUAUCUCAUCUUCCUCAUCUCUUUGAACCAUUAUCAAAAGUAUUAAUCUAAAUGAGUACAUAAGGGUAAGUGUAAUAAUAAAAUAUUAUAGGUUUGCUGAUUAAGAAUAAGCAGGAAAUGCAGUAAAAUUACUUAACAGUUUAAGAGAAGAUUUAGUAGCUACUAAAUAAGCAUUAUUAAUGAAUGCUUAAUUAGAGAAAGAUACAAAUAAUGGAUUGUUGACUUCUUUAGAAGAAAAUAUAAAUCUUUUAAAUAAUGAAAUAAUUCCAUAAUUAAAAGGAGACAUUGAAACUAAAGAUGGUGAAAUUGCAACUAAAUAAGAUCUUUUAAAGGAUGCAUAAUCAAAUUUAGAUACUGCUUAGGCUAAUCUUGAUAAUGUGAAUGCUGGAUGGGUUGCUAGGUAUUUUAUAAUAUAUAUUGGAUUAGAUAGUAAUAAAAUAAAUAAUUAAAUGAUGGAUGGGAUAAUGAAUUAAUGUUAUUAUCAUAAGCAGAAUCAGCUUUAGAAAGAGGAGGAAUUAGAAGAUCAUGAAC